GGUUGUCGGCCUCAGCUCUGCUGGAAACCACAGCCUGGGGCUUGCUGAAGUCCUGGGGGAGAGGAAGGGCUUGCCACCAUGGGCCCCCACUGUCGGGUUCGCUUUGCUAAGUGCCAGCUGCUGGCCACCUGCUUCUUCACCCUGCUCCUGGGCCUCUCCAUGGGCUUCCUGACCAUCCUCACCCGAUUCGGGGACCGCUUUGUCGUCAUCCACAGCAUCUCCCCAGAGGAUGACCCCUAUGGGCCCAUGCACCACUGGGCUUUCUCCCUGGGUAUCUUCCUGACCUCGAUGCUGACCCUGGGGGUUGUGCUGAGCAUCCUAGGUGUGGUGCGGGAAGCCAAGGGCCUCAUGGCUGGGGGCUUCCUUUCCUUCACCCUGGUGUUCUUGGUGGCGGUGCAGGUGACCUUCUGGAGAUACCGGGAGCCGUCCAAGGUGGAGAACACCAUGCUCGACACCUACGACAUGGCUUACGAGCAAGCAAUGAGGAACGUCUCCGACAUCUGGCGGCAGAAGCUGGUAGCGGUCCAUGACACGUUUGGCUGCUGUGGAAAGAGCUCACCUCUCAGUGGGCUUGGACAGGACGAAAAGGCCUUGUGUAGGGAAGUCCGGCACAGAGAGGGCUGCCUCCAGGAGAUCAAAAGCUUCGUGAGGGAGCAUUUGAGCUUAGCUACCCUCCUGCUCAUCAUCACACUGGCCCUCAUGGUUUAUGGAAUGUUCCUCACCUCCUUCCUCUGGCUGACCAUCCAUUACGGCAGGAACCUGGACCGAAAGGGCAGCUACACACUGACCACCCAGUAGGGCCUGGCGCAGGCUGACCCAGGCUGCUGCCAAUGGGGGAGGCCCUCUUUCCUUCCUUCAGCCCUGCCAGGAGCCCGCCUGAGGAUGGAGGCAGCUGGCCCUUCCAGGAGCAGACCCCUCGGAAGGCUGCUGGCCACCUGAGGCUUAGCGGGGAGAACCAGGAGGUAAAGGCAGUCACCAUCCACUCCCUGUGUGACCUGGGACAUGCCACUCCAAGAGAACAAUGAUACCUACACUGUUUCCCUCUCAGGACUUUUAUGAGAAAAGUGCUUAAUGAGCUCGUGGUUCCAGAGAAGCUGACCAGUUGAUAGCUGGGGCCGGCCCCCUGCCCCUCUCUGUCCCCCUGAGCUCCAGACAAUCCGCCGACCACACUGGGCAUGCUAGAACGGGAGUCUUCACCUAGGAUCUCUGGGCCCCUAGAGCUUCUGUGGGCAUAUCCUUGGAACCUGUGAUCAUUUGACAACUGCAUUUCAAUACAAUUAGUUUCCUUCGUGUUUGUAUGCAUUA